AUGGCUUCCAUGGCUUUUCGCUCUGUAGCUUCGCCUACUCGAGUGUUCCGUGCCAACAUGUCCAAGUUUCCCGGCCACCGCAAUAUCUCCUUCUCCUCGUACUUGGUGACCCCGAACCAGCUCAGUGAGGCUCUCAAGAAGAACUCUCCGAGCAAGAUCUCCACUUCGCCCCGAGUGAUUCCCCUCUGUGCAGCUUGGUUCAUGCCCAAUGACCCCGAAGGUCGUACGGGAAUUGAUUCUUUCCGCAAGUCUCGUAUCCCCCAGUCUCGCUUCUUCGACAUUGAUGCCGUUAAGGAUCAUGACUCGCCUUAUCCGCACAUGCUGCCCACCUGCGAAACAUUUGCAGAGGCCAUGAGUGAUUUGGGUAUUCGUCGCGACGACGAAAUUGUGGUUUACGAUACUGCCGAGCUGGGUAUCUUCAGCGCUCCGCGCGUGGGCUGGACCCUGCGCGUAUUCGGCCACCCCAACGUGCACAUUCUCAACAACUAUCGUCUUUGGGUGAAGGAAGGUCUUCCGACUGAGAGUGGUGAACCGGCUUCUAUCGAAAAGUCCAAGUAUCCCGUCCCCACCUACGACUCGAAAUUGGUGAUUUCCUUCCGUGAGAUGAAGGAGCUCGCGCUGGACUAUGGAAAGGAGGGCACCGAAGAGAUCGAGAUCCUGGAUGCGCGUUCAUACGGUCGCUGGGCUGGUACUGAUCCUGAACCCCGGCCUGGUCUUUCGUCGGGCCAUUUGCCGGGCUCCAAGAGCAUGCCAUUCCAGGAAUUGCUCGACCCGGAGACAAAGACAUAUCGCUCCCCGGAGGAACUGCGCAAGUUAUUUGAGGAUCGGGAGAUCAACCCGGAGCUCUCGAUUAUCAGCUCCUGCGGUACUGGCGUGACUGCGAGUAUCAUUGAGACGGCCUUGGGUGAGGCGGAGUAUGGAAGCCCGAACCUGCGUCGGGUAUACGACGGCAGCUGGACUGAGUGGGCACAGCGGGUCAAGCAGUCGGAUGGUCUUAUCAAGAAGGUGAAGCAAUAG